UUGGGUCUUUCUCACCUCCCACCUCUUCCUCUCCAACUUCAAGUUACAAGUACAAAACGAACACAGAUAGAGACCCCAAAAAACCCAACAGACCAAACUUCUAUGAUCUCAUCUGCUGCAUAACUUGAAGUGGCCAGAGCUUCAUUUGGGUGUUGUUUAUUCUUUGUGGAAGUGGGGGUUUUCAGUUUUGGAUCUGGGUUCGGGUCAACGAGUGUGUUGACUUGGGAUUAGUGAUGUGUCUUGCUCUGAAUUGAUGCUUGGAUUGGAGUGAAGAGAUGAGCACAAUGUCUUGGAAGCUGAGAGGAGUAGAGCCAGCUUCAAGAAGCGCAGUGUCAAGAAGAUGGACCAUUCUGUUUUGCAUUGCUUGUUUCUGUGGAGGGAUGCUCUUCUCUGAUAGAAUGUGGUCAGUGCCAGAAAUUAAAGGUAUAUCAAGGACAACAAUGGUUGACGGUGACAAUCUGAAGUUAGUAUCUGGCUGUGAUCCAUCGCUUAAAGAUAUAGAACAGGAAUCAACAGAUGUUUAUGGGGAAGUUUCAAGAACUCAUAAUGCCAUACAAACAUUGGAUAAAACAAUUUCUAAUUUGGAGAUGGAAUUGGCGGCUGCGAAGGCUGCUCAGGAAUCAAUACUUAACGGGUCACCGAUUGCAGGAAAUUUAAAAAUCUCUGAGUCGACCAAGAAAAGAAAAUAUUUAAUGGUUGUAGGAAUCAAUACUGCUUUUAGCAGUAGAAAGCGUAGAGAUUCAGUUCGUGCUACUUGGAUGCCUCAAGGUGAUAAAAGAAAGAAACUUGAGGAAGAGAAGGGAAUUGUAGUUCGGUUUGUAAUAGGUCACAGUGCCACAUCAGGUGGUAUCCUUGAUAGAGCUGUUGAGGCGGAGGACAGAAGACAUGGUGACAUUAUGCGGCUGGAUCAUGUUGAGGGUUACCUUGAGUUAUCAGCAAAGACCAAGACAUUCUUUGCUACUGCUGUUGCUUCGUGGGAUGCAGAAUUCUAUGUCAAAGUUGAUGAUGAUGUGCAUGUAAAUAUAGGAACACUUGGAGCAACUUUAGCUAGGCAUCGAUUAAAGCCCAGGGUGUACAUUGGAUGCAUGAAAUCUGGUCCCGUCCUUGCUCAAAAGGGAGUGAGGUAUCAUGAGCCUGAGUACUGGAAGUUUGGUGAGGAAGGGAACAAGUAUUUUCGUCAUGCCACCGGCCAACUCUAUGCUAUCUCAAGAGACCUGGCUACUUACAUAUCCAUCAACCAGCAUGUUCUACACAAGUAUGUCAAUGAGGAUGUUUCUCUGGGUUCAUGGCUUCUUGGAUUGGAUGUGGAGCAUAUUGAUGACCGGAGAUUAUGUUGUGGAACACCACCUGAUUGUGAAUGGAAGGCUCAGGCAGGCAAUAUCUGUGUUGCUUCAUUCGAUUGGAGUUGUAGCGGGAUUUGCAGGUCAGUCGAGAGGAUCAAAGAGGUCCAUCGACGCUGUGGAGAAGGCGAGAAUGCUUUGUGGAGUGCAGUUUUCUAACUGAUCCAAGUUGCAGACUUUUCUUCCCAACUCAGGAGGAAAAGAGUAGAUGGUUGUUUUGAUCUUGUACUGUAAAGUUCCUCACACAGGAAUAUCUGUAAAAUGAGAUGCAUAGUGAGCCGGGAUUCUACUCCAUUUUAGAUGAGGAGAGAGACCCUAAGUUUAAAGAGGCAAGAAGAGUUGUAGCAGUAAUAUAGUUAUCAUUCUUUUGUAGUGUUUCCGGGGCCAUUUGUAAUUAGUCUUCCAUGGCUAAUGAAGCUCCCUAAUAAGUGCCAGUCUUGGUGUUACCUUUUCUUAAUAAAUUAGUGCUUGUUAGUUGUACUCAAUGGUUUUAGUUUCUUUUUACGUUUAGAUUGUAAAGAAAUGAUACAUUAGGAUGUCUUAUACUA